CUGAAAUUUGAAAAAAAAUGUUGGCUCGUUCGUCGCUUGCUUGGUUGCUUUUCGUUGGAGCUGGUUUGUUGUUUUGUUUAAAUUCUUAAGCAUCUCCUGUUUAUCCAUAUCUUUAGUUCUGAGAAUGAGUGAUAACAUCCACUAUCGAUGAGUGAAGAAAAGUGGAGCAAGUAGAAGCGAAUAUGGCGAAGUCGAGCUCGUCAAAAAGUUCCAUUUCUACCAAGGAACUCGCAAAGACACUAGGGUUAGUCAGCAAAUGGUCUUCAGGCAAGAAAUCAAGGUCUUCUAAGAAACAGCCUUUCGACUAUUUGGUAGUGAUAGACUUUGAAUCAACAUGUUGGAAAGAGAAGAGAAGGAAUAGUGCACCAGAAAUAAUUGAGUUUCCUGCAGUAGUGGUCAGUACCUCUACUGGUGAAAUAGUCUCAGAGUUUCGACAGUUUGUGUCCCCAACUGAGCACUCACGUCUGAGUGAAUUCUGCACCAAACUCACAGGAAUCACACAGGACCAAGUAGAUGCAGGGAUUCCUAUUGGGGCGUGUCUUGUGCUUUUUUCUCGCUGGUUAAAGGAGCUGCAACAGCUGAAAGGCAUCAGAUUCAUGUCUGACAUCACGAGACCCAACGGCAGGCCAAUAGACCAGGCGAAAUGGGCAAUGUCUGUCACAUGGUCCGACUGGGAUAUCGGGAUCUGUCUGAAGAACGAGUGUCUAAGAAAGAGACAUCUAGUGCCGCCUGAACUUCGGAGUUGGAUAGAUCUCAAGGCGACUUAUAAGAAGUUCUAUAGUCGUAAGCCUGACGGGCUGGCCGGUGCACUCAAGGAUUUGGGGAUACGGUUUGAUGGUAGAGAACACUCAGGCCUAGAUGACGCGCGGAAUACCGCUGCUCUGGCGUGGAGGAUGGUGCGUGACGGAUGCGUUAUUAGCGUGACCAGCUCUUUAGACGCGAGUGUGAGCACCCUUCAAGGGAUCAUCCUUAACAAUUUCCAAAACACUCCUGCGAUUGGCUCGAAUCUGUCAGCGCAACAAAAUCAAGGACAAGGCAUUGUCAAUGUCAGCAAUACUACAAGUCCUGCUUGCAGCCGCUGCUCAGAGAAUCUCGGACGUAAUAUACCCCUUGCUAUACUUGACCACUGGGAGAGCACUUCUUUUACCAACGCUAAUCGUACGAUAAAACAAGUUAACUACGUUAAGAACCGUGGGUCCCAAGGCCCACCGGGAAAACUUGACCACGGGAACAGCACGUGUAUCCCAGACGCCAACCUCGUGCUCAGGCACAGUAUCAGAUCUUGCCAUUCAAGCAAUCAUAGCGUGCAUAACAACUACAACUCGCCUAUAUCCCCUGCAGUAGUUUUUGAACCACUCGCUGAAAAUCCACAUGAUUUGUGCGAGCAAGAAAGGGAUUUCUUGACGACGAAAGUUCAAAGUUUGAUUACCCCUCGCGUUUCACUAUUGAGUGUACCGGACACUGAUGUUAAAGAAAACAAGUCUACUUGCCUGGUUCCCACCGCCACCUCCCUUAGUUCUCUAAGAACGUCGAGGAUGCCUUCUGUUCUAAAGGGAGAGCUAUUUUCUCUCGAGUCACGGAAGGUAAAUGCACGAGACAAGACAGACGUCGUGCAGAGAGGAUUGGUGAAACAGAGUGUGGUGGUGAACAAGACCCUUAGUCAGGGCAGUACAGAGAGACGGGCACUAGGAAUCAAGCGACGACGAUAUCACGGCACGGGUGAUCCCCAUGGCACCGCCACAAACCGCCUAGUGACGUCAAAUGAAACCGCUGACUGUAAACAUGCUCACACAACAGGUCCAGGUUCCUCGACGCGCGUGACUAGUGUACCACCAUGCAACGCGACAGCGAAAUACGUCAAUGCUACCAUUUCCUGCUCCAAAAGCGUGACGCCCCCUGUCACGCCAACCACUGGCAAUGUUACGACAUCUACAGGCACCGCUGUGCAAUCAACGCUUGUCACGAAAGUACCGCACUCUCGAACUGUCACGCCGUAUUCUACUAAUUUUACAAACUCUUCGGAUAGUCCGAUGAAAAGGCACCUCACAAAUGUCAAAGCCACAGGACUUGUCGCGCCAAUUACCAAGUAUUUCAUUUACGGUUGCGUUACUCCUGGCGCAUCACGCACACCGACCCUUGUGCCUAGCAUUAAUGGCGGGAAUACAACUCCGCCGCUAUGUGAUUGCGGGCGACGGGCUAAACGACUGACCGUAAUGAAGCCCGGACCCAAUCAGGGAAGAGUAUUCUACGCUUGCUCAGUAGGCAAAUCUAGAGCCAGUUUUGGGCGAACGCCAAUGAAGAAAAAGUCCGGGUGUAACUUUUUUCACUGGGAACCGCGUGUCUCUCGGGAGGUGUCGCGGGCUCAAAGUGCGCCUGGUGUUUUUACACGAACUAAACGCGUAACUGGUCAGCAGUAUUUUAUUAAGCCACAAAGAUUCAGUGUUGGAUGACCACGGUCUUCAAAAUAAUGUGUGAAUUUAUUAUAAUAUAUAAUAAUACAAUAUUCAUGUUAUCCCGUGUAAAACCACCUUCAGAUUAUGAAUUGCAAUUAAAUAUAAAUACAAUA